GUACACCACUCUGGGCUCCUUGGAGGAAGAGUGGGAUAUAAAAUGUAAAAUAAUAAUAAUAAUAAUAAUAAAUAACUGCAUACAACAUUCAGCCCAUUGUUAUCGCUGGUGGGCUUGUUGUUAACUGAGUGAAUAGCAGCCAAAUUGGGCCCUCAUAGCUGAAGACCAAUGUGGGGGCAGGGGAAAGAGAGCUUUACUUCAAUUCCCUCCAGCAUAGUUUAGUGGGCCCGUGACUUGCAAACACAUUUUAAAUUUACAAAAGAAGAGUGCUAUCUCUUGAGAGCUCUUAACAGUUAAGGCCUUAUAUACUCUCCUGUCAGCUAAUGUUGAAUGUGUUAUUUCGGUUAAAAGUAUUAAAUAUCUUGUGGGGUCAAACCAAGAUCAAGCUAGUCCAAGCACUCUUUGUAAGUAUCCCAGCCCCCAGAAAUGUGGCCAGUUGUCCACUUGUGCACCACACAGCCUGCCCUACGAUAUUCCCUAUAGAAACUCAUUUUCCUUCCACAAUUAUUUCGGGUUUGCUUUUCCCCUCCGUACCACAAGGUGGCAUCAGAAGACUCUGUUUGCUAAACCAACAUUCCUCUAACUUUGAAGGGGUAAAAAAUGUGCAUCAAUUUUUUGUGCACUACUUGUUCUCAAGUUCUUGUUCAUCCUAACCUCUCCCUCCCUUUCAGGAUAAUUUAUGCUAAUGUAUUCUGCACUCUGCCUCUUGGCAGCCACUCCUCUUGUCAGCAACUGUCUCUUCCAAGCGGGAAUCCUCCUCAGAAGCUCUUUGAGACCCCAGAGGAGGAAAAAUUAGCAUUUUUUUAAAAAAAACACAACACCAGCCCAAAAGGGAUUUUCCAUCUGAAACUGACAUCGGUGAGUCUCCUCUCCGCCUUGCAUGUACUGCUGCGUGCUGGAUUACUGCCUCUUCCCACAGCAUUUGGAGAAGAACGUGACGUAUCCUGUUUAAAGGCAGAAACAACCCAGGAAUUCUCUCCUAUAUAGGAGCAUUUAUUUCCAGACUAGUUACUUUAAAUCCAGCAGCAAAGUGAAUUUUGUGCUUUUGUGCCUACAUCUUGGAUAGCAAGCAACUUUGGAGCUGGAGGAACAUUUGAAGGAGAUUUUUGCCUUCUGCAGAAGAGAUUCCAUCUCUUGGAUCUACUGAACUGAGCUCUAGAAGACCUCCUCAAAGAUCUGAACUGAUCCACUCAAGUCUGAUUCGGAAGACCUAUGGAUACCACCCAAAAGAUUUGUUGAUUAAUUUAUAUCCGGUCUCUAAAGGACAUUGAAUAUUCUUCCAGUGCUAGAUUGUGAAGACCUUUAGAUAUCUUCGAUCAGAUUUCUGGGCCUUGACAGAUUCUGCUUAUCUUACUAGUUCUCUAAAAGGUCUUUUGUUUCUCCAUCAGAAUUUUAAUCUCCAGCCAAGGUUUGUUUGUUUUUAUCUCUGAUUUCUUGAUUUGGAUCUUAUUCCUUUAGCAAGUAGGCAUAGUGCCAUUCCUUCAAAGCAGCCAAUAUGUUCAGCUGGAUGAAGAAGAAUGAGAAGAAGAACCCGGAGGUGAUCCACACGGUCACCGAGGGCCUGAAGGACCUCUACAAGAAGAAGCUACUGCCCGUGGAGGAGUUCUACCGGUUCCACGAUUUUCAUUCUCCAGCCUUGGAAGAUGCCGACUUUGACAAUAAGCCAAUGGUGCUGGUGGUGGGGCAAUACUCCACUGGGAAGACCACUUUCAUCAAAUACCUCUUGGAGCAGGACAUUCCCGGGAGCCGCAUUGGGCCCGAACCUACCACUGACUCUUUCAUUGCUGUCAUGCACGGUGAAACAGAAGGGAUCAUACCAGGCAACGCUCUAAUUGUGGACCCCAACAAGCCCUUCCGAAAGCUCAAUCCCUUCGGAAACAGCUUUCUCAACCGGUUCAUGUGUGCUCACUUGCCCAACCAGGUUCUGGAAAGCAUCAGCCUUAUCGAUACCCCGGGGAUCCUGUCUGGUGCUAAGCAGCGUGUAUGCCGAGGCUAUGACUUCCCGGCAGUGCUGCAGUGGUUUGCCGAGCGUGUGGACCUCAUCAUCCUCCUCUUUGACGCCCACAAGCUGGAGAUCUCAGACGAGUUCUCAGAGGCCAUCCGGGCCCUCAAGGGCAACGAGGACAAGAUCCGGGUGGUCCUGAACAAGGCAGACAUGGUGGAGACACAGCAGCUGAUGCGGGUCUACGGAGCCCUCAUGUGGUCACUGGGCAAAGUGUUCAACACGCCCGAGGUGCUGCGUGUCUACAUUGGGUCCUUUUGGUCCGAGCCACUGCUCAUCUCCGACAACCGACGGCUCUUUGAGCUUGAGGAGCAGGACUUGUUCACGGACAUCCAGAACCUGCCCCGGAAUUCUGCCCUGAGGAAGCUGAACGAUUUGGUCAAGAGAGCCCGUUUGGUUAGGGUCCAUUCCCACAUCAUGAGCCACCUGAAGAGGGAGAUGCCUUCUGUCUUUGGCAAGGACAACAAGAAGAAGCAACUUAUCCAUAAGCUGCCGGUCAUAUUUGCGAAGAUCCAACUCGAGCAUCACAUCUCACCUGGUGAUUUCCCAGACUGCAACAAGAUGCAGGAGCUGCUGAUGGUGCAUGACUUCUCCAAGUUCCAUGGCCUGAAGCCACGCAUGAUGGAUGCUUUGGAUGAGAUGCUGACUACAGACAUUGCGAAGCUGAUGCCCCUCCUGCGCCAGGAGGAAGUAGAAGUCCCUGAGCAGAUAGUGCAUGGUGGCGCCUUUGAUGGCACCCGCAACGGCCCCUUUGUCGAAGGUGCCACUGAAGGGGCCUACGAGGGGAUGGACGACGAGGAAUGGGUGGUGACUAAAGACAAGCCCAAAUACGACGAAAUCUUCUACAACCUCUCUCCAAUGGAUGGCAAGCUGAGUGGCACCAAGGCCAAGAACUGGAUGGUCACCACCAAACUGCCCAACUCCGUGCUUGGCAAAAUCUGGAAGCUUAGUGAUGUAGACCGUGAUGGCAUGCUGGACGAUGAAGAGUUUGCUCUUGCCAGCCACCUCAUCGAGGUCAAGUUGGAGGGCCAUGGCCUACCCUCUGACCUGCCCCGCCACCUCGUGCCACCCUCCAAGCGUCGGCAGAAGGGGUCAGCUGAGUAAGAAGGCUCCCCAAGUUUGCUCCCAUCCCCACACCAGGCUUGAACUGCUCCAGUAGGCCCUGGUUCUACUCUGAUUCUAGUUUUCCAUCACAUCAGGCUUUUAAGAAGGUAUCUUUCAGUCUUGAGUUCCUCAUGAAGGCCUCAUUUACCCCCAUAACUGUCAUGCACUGUACUGUGUCAGAAGGUCAUGGUUCUCCUUCAAACCAGACUUCAGUUUAUCUUCCACUUCAUUCCAGUCAGACUCAAACAGGCUCCAGUGCAAAUCCGAACAUGGUCUUCUCUCUGAAACAGACUUUGAUUGCUCAUGUAGGCCUCACUUCUUCAGGCCUGGCUUCAACUCCUUCAGUUAGUCUCUCAGUUCAGCUCUUCACUCCCACCUUCCAAGCCUGCUCUCUAGAUAUGCAAAUGAUAACUGAAUUUCACUUGUACUGAACUUUCCCAAGAGGUCUUCCUUUCUCGAAACCAAGCUCAAAAUGCUCCACUUGGGCUCUGCCCUACAAGUUAUAUCUUGCUUGAAGUAUUUGUGCAAAAAGACUGCCUCCUCCUCAGAAGAUCUGGAUUAUUGCGAUGGGCUGCAGCCUGACCCAAACGAGACUGGGUCAGGCGACUUAAAGAUCGGGACAAUCUCCAAGCAAUAUUGAUCUCGGCCAUCUUCAGCAGGCCUUGUCCCUGCCACCAGCUCAGACUCCACCUUGCCCUUCAUAUCCUUCUGGUUUAAUUAGAAACGAAAAAUCCCUUUUCUGCAUUAACACACACAGUUGGAUGCCUCAGAGCUGCUUGAGACCUUCUGGUACCUCUGGGCAGCACAGCUGCCAUUGACUACUGCUGUGGUGUUAGUGCUACUUGGUGGAAGUCAUGCUGAAGGUAGGAAGGGUGAAGUCAAGCAGUGAAGUCAAGCAAGAGGCGAAAGGCCAGAAAAGGCAACAGAUAGUCUGGAGCACGAGUAUUGUCCCCAAGCGAUUCAGACCAGUGAGCAAUCCUGACUCAAAAGCGUUGUUCAGGGCUUUGGAAGAGGUGUGGGCCAACCCUCUCUGGCCUAUUGCUGUGAAUAGGCUCCUUUGCUGGGUAUGGCUGAUCACUAUUGCUCUCUCUCUUGGCCACACCUGGGUGGUGGCAACCAGCAAGCCCCACCUGACAAACCCCAAGUCCUGAGUUCAGGAGCUGCUCUUCGUUUUCACUUGAUGUACAUGUCCUCGCAAUACGAACAGACUAAAUACAUUUCGACCAAACUAAAGAGACCAAAGGAAGCUGUAAGCUAACUGGAGGAGGAGAGUGUUUCAGCCAUCCUUGCAAGUAAGAUUGGGAGAGCUUCAGUUUAAAGCAUCUUCCUUACGUCGAGUGCCUGGACAGUGAACACGAGCCCAGCUGGCUGCAGGCCUGAGGACAACAGAAGAGCUGAGCUGGGUGGCAGGGAGGUGUUGGAAAUGCACGUGUACCCCUAGGCACCAUGACAUCUGCAUGUGGAUGUGCCUUGAGCAGCCUCCCUAUGGUUGGUAGUAACUCAGACGCAGCCUCUGGAUUUGCCCUUCACAGGCUGGGGCAGUGAAGGCUUCCUCUGACUAGAAAUUAAGCAGACCACUCCUGCCUUGAAACCUUGGGUGUUUCCCCCAUCCUCUUUUGGGAGGGAGGUGGUGAAAGGGCGCAGCCAUACUAGAAUCUCCUUCCUAAGCUCUGGGGAUGAGGACAAGCCCUUCCACAGGAACGAGCACUACUCUAGGCCAAGUAUGGUGGCUCCAAGCCAGGACCUGCCUUGCCACUAAGCAGGGGGAGACAACUCGGCCUCAGGCAAACAAUUUAGUGUGAUAUUGUAGUUGUAUCACUACUUGCAGGGUGGCAUUUUGUUUUUCUGUCUCUGGAAAGGAAAUACCUUGAACCUGCUUCAGGUGAGGCCAUUCCCCAGGGAGGCCUAGUGUUUUGAGGGGUUUCUUAGCUAACCAUCCCCCUCUGCUGCCCCUGCCCCCCACUUUCCCUCCUCUGACUUUUGUGUCAUGGGUCUGGAGACCCUACCCCAAUCGCUUUGGCAGCCCACUCAUACUGACUAGUGGCAUCACCUCCUUUCCAGCUCGGAGUAUUGCUGGAAGUCCACACCCCAGACACGCCUAGAAUCCAGCAAUAAAGGCUUCUUUUGGAUAUUAUGCUCUUUUUCUCCUGGUUAGUGGCCAGGAAGAAGCUGGCCUCCCAGCCAGGAGGAUCCAUCCAGUUGCAAGGGUGAGACAGUUGCUGUGGUUGAGUAAGAGAUUAGUGUCCAGUCCAAAGAAGCCAGCCAUAGUGUGAGGCAAGAGAGCAAGGAUGGGAGCUGAGGGCAAGGAGAAGUAGAGCUGAGCAGAUCUGGGCAGGCAGAAGUGGGCAGUGUUAGGCUGCAGAUCAACAGCAGCAGAAUGUCCAGGAAAGGGCAAGAGAGGAAGUUUAUACAGGGCUCCAGCCAGUUGGAAGCCAAGAUGAAAAGCAAUCAGGUGCCUGAAAAAUGCCCACAAGAUUAUACCUGUUUUAUACCUGUUAAGCUCUCAUGACCUCCCCCAAAGAAUCUUGGGGAUUUUCAUUUGCUGAGGGUGUUGAGAAUCCUCUCAUAAGAGGUUUCUAGCUCCCUUCACAGAAUUACAGUUUCUAGGGGAGAGGGAGUGAACUGUUAAACCAGUUUAAGAGUUUGUAAUCUAUGCUGUAGACAUGCCCUUUGUGUUUCAGUAGUAGAAAAACUGGAGAGCUAACUAUAGAGUUAAACAGGGACUGCAAUGUUCCCUACCCUCUUUCUCAGGUGUUGCAGAGCAGCUUGACAGCUACAUCUCUAUGGUUCUCUGGAGGACUGUGAAACACUAGGCAGGACUAUGUAUCCUGUGCCAAAACUUCAGGAAAACCAAAUUCUGUCAUUGGAAUCUAUAAUGCAAGACAAAGAUGUCUUGCUUUUCAGCUUUAGGGUUCCUAUAUCUGUAAUACAUGUUUAGAUGUCAUAAGGGAAUUUUUACAGUUGCAGUUAUAUUCAACCCACCUGCCUCCACCACACACACAUGCAUACACACACACACACAGAGAGAGAGCUCAAAUUAGAGCUUUUGAAAUUCCUCCUUCUGUGCUACAAUUAAAGGUGUGAUGUUACGAGGCUGAAAGACUGGCCAUCCUUGGUCUAAACUACUGCUACCUGUCUUGUGCACUCCCUGAAGUCAUUGGUGGAACUGCCGUGAUGUCACAGAAUAUGCAUAACACACACUACUGAGAAGAAGGUAGUGUUGAAAACCCAUGUGUCUCCUGUGAGAAAAGUAGCUGAGGGAAGAAAUUGGCAAAGGUCGAGAGACUGUGGAACAGGGUUCAAAAAAAUGAGGAUGCCUGGAUUUCACAUGUUGGUUCAAAAUAACAAGACAAAUCUUAGGCUGCAGGUCUCCAGUUAUAUAUGUAUAUGUUUACUUAGCCUUUUCCUGCUUCUGUUGUUGAUUUUAUGUUUCAAAUCUGGAUUAUUAUUUUUUUAAAUUAAGGGGAUGACAUAUGGAGAGCAUUGGAAGUGAAAAAGCAUGAAGAGGUUUCCCACCAUUUUUUCCAAAAUCGUGACGUUUAGCAACUUGCUUAAACAAAAAAGGUGAGGAGAUUCUCAGGAUAUCUAGUCCCUUGACAGACAUGGGCAUAGCAAGUUUCCAGUUGUAUGAAACACACCACAUUCCGCCCCCUCGAAAAAUUUCUUGGACAGCAAACCUCUGCCUGUAGCAGAGUUCAGGUUUGCUGCCCAGCAUCUCUAGCUGUGUUCACACAGUCUCUGAAGUGCAGCCAAUUCAGAUUAAGUUGAUAAUCAUGCAAAUAUUGUACCAGGAAGAAUGACAGUUUUAUUCCGUCCAUAUUGCUUCAAGUACGUUUUUUUGUUUAACUCUUUCUUCUUCCACUGUCAUUGUGUCUCACCCUUGAGCUGGUUCCUUAUCACCAUUCAGCUUUAUCAUUAUUAUAAUAUUAGUGUUGCCGAAACCACAUGCAUAUUAUUUCAUGUAUAAUAGCAGAGUUGAUCUGCCUACCUCGCUUUUGGGAUUUUCUUUUGGGUGAUUAUAUGCCUCAGGGGAAAGAACAUUGGAGAUUUCUGAACUGGGGUGACUUUAGCCUGAUCCAAGGACUGAGUUAGACAAGGAACACAAUAUAAAACUGACAUGUAGACAGAAGGCCUGGGUGACAUUUACAAGGCUGAUGUAUCACUAGAGUGUGCUUACUCCUGAAGCCUAGAUUGCUGUAAUAAAUCCCCUUAGCCCACAGUGCAGGGCUGGGUCCUCCUUUGUAGUCAGCUCUCACUCUUAUAUUCUGCACCCCAAGUUCUGCAACCAAGAACUCCAAAUCCCGCAACCAGAAAUGAAAAUCACCUAUACAAAAUAUGAAUAUAUUUGCUUACAUUUACUUAGUUUUGCCUGGUUCAUUCUGCUUCCAGUGUGGGCAGUCCACGUAUCUGCAAGGUCAUCCCCAGUCACUUCCAUGUAGGAGAAGGCAGGUCUGCAUCCCAGUGCUUUUGCACCCACAGAGCUGCCCCAUCUAUUUGGGUGCUAAGGGAAAAGACAGCUCAUGCAACAGCUCCUUGUCAGAUCUCAGGAUCGAGGCAAUACACUGAAUUGCAGAUGGGGGGGGGGAAUCUAAUAGAUCUUGCUACCCAACUCUCUCUGUUGAGACCCAGCUGCUGACUUUUUGCAGUCUCCCUGGGACCCAGGGGUGCAGUCUGAGCUCCGAGGGGGCCUUGCUGCUUUUGUUUUGUGCCUCUGUAAUUAUAACAGCAUUUCUGCUGCAAUAAAACAUGUCAUAUUUACCAGCCUGAA